GCCUGGAGGAAAAUAUGCUUCAUGUCUCACGAUAAACGCUAUCAGCUACACUCCGUGUAACCGCCUCAAUCAUAGAUACAUAGUUAAACCAAAUACGCUGCUUUAGAUCAGUCGUAGCUGCACUUUUUAGACUUCAUUCUAUCAGUAGGCCUACUUAAAAGCGCACGUAUCUUAUCCUGAAAUCGACAGAGAUGAGCACGGUGCUGCACCUGAGGUCAGGUGUGUGCGCUCUGGUGGCGCUCCUGCUUCUGUCAGUGUCAGCACACAGUGCCGAUCAAUGUGACAAUGGAGCUGACAACUGCAAUAAAUGGACUGAAACAUCUCACAAUCGACCUCUAAAUACAGAUGAUGUGACGUACGAGCAGCUGAAGGACAUGAUGUCCACCGGAAGUGUGCAGCUCUUCGAUGUUCGUGAACCAGACGAGCUGGAAGCAGGAUUUAUUCCAGGAGCCACUAACAUUCCCUUGGGAGACGUGGAGCAGGCCCUCAGACUGAACCCAGAUCAGUUUAGAGAGCUCUACGGCGUCCCAAAGCCUGGUUUACAGGACUCAGACUUUGUGCUGUACUGCCUGAGGGGCAUCCGCAGCCUCACCGCGCUGGAGAUCGCUAGAGAUCUGGGAUACAGCAGGGCCCGUCAUUAUGCUGGAGGAUACAAUGAAUGGAUUCAGCUGGAACCACAGUAAACGAAGCUUAUUUCCGCUCUGUGAAGGACUGUGAAGAUGAUGACUGAAAUGUAUACAGCACUUGACUUUUAAAAUGACAACACAGACCAAAAAUGUAUUAUUCAUAAUAUCUCAGAUGUGUCUAUAUAUUUUUGGUAAAAAAAUUAAAUAAAAAUAAAUAAAUAAAUAAAUAAUAAAUAUUGCAUUGCAAAUAUU